AUGGGCUGGGAGGCGGAGCUUGGGGAGAUGAAGCUUUAUAAAGAUGCUGCUAGCCCCUCUAUGCGCCACGGCGGCACUCUGGGCAAGAGGUACCUAGAAUCGAGUGAGGUGGAGCAGAUGUCCACUGACUCGGAGCAGAAGGCGGACUUUCUGUACUCCUAUGGGAUGAAACUCAACUGGGACAUCAAUGACCCGCAGAUGCCUCAGGAGCCCAUCCACUUUGACCGGUUCUGCGAGUGGCCAGAUGGCUACGUGCGCUUCAUCUAUCGUGGAGAUGAGAAGAAGGCCCAGCGCCACCUGAGCGGCUGGGCCAUGCGCAACACCAACAACCACAAUGGCCACAUCCUCAAGAAGUCAUGCCUAGGAGUGGUGCUGUGUGCGCGGGCCUGUGUCCUGCCCAAUGGAUCCCGCCUGCAGUUGCGGCCUGCUAUCUGCGACAAGGCCCGGCUGAAGCAGCAGAAGAAAACUUGUCCCAACUGUCAUUCCUCUUUGGAAUUGAUCCCCUGCCGAGGGCACAGUGGAUACCCUGUGACAAACUUCUGGAGGCUGGAUGGCAAUGCUAUAUUUUUUCAGGCUAAGGGGGUUCAUGACCACCCAAGACCAGAGAGCAAAUCUGAGACGGAAGCUAGAAGAAGUGCCAUUAAGAGACAGAUGGCUGCUUCUUACCAACCCCAGAGAAAGAGAAUUAGAGAGUCCAAGACAGAAGAGCAUCAAGCCAACAAUGGACAUUUCAGCACUGUAUCGCCCCUGGAAAAUCAAGAACAGCUUGAUUUAACAACUGACUCUGGCUUCUCUACUCCAGGGAAGCCAUGUUUUUCCUUCCCAAACUCAGAUGUUUAUGAAGCUUCUUGUGAUCUAAUUACCUUUGGAGGAGAUGGAAUGUCAUCCUUUCAGAAAUACCCCAAUCCAAGAAUUUUGCCUGGGCUGUCUUGUGGCUAUGAGUUGGCAAGUUCUAGUUAUACACAUGCUAGCCCAUACUCUAACCUUUCUAAAGAUUCCACGAAUAGCCCCAAUGACAGAGAGUGGGUUCAUCUGAAUGCACUACAAUGUAAUGUCAAUGCUUAUAGCAACAGUGAGAGAAGCUUUGAUUUCACCAAUAAGCAAUAUGGGAGUAAGCCAGCUAUUGGGAAAACUGGCCUUGGGGAAAGGACUGACUGUGGUCAGUUCCCAGCCAUGACCCCUUGCCCAUAUUAUAACCCAGAGUAUCGCUGCAGGUACCUCACUCCCCCCUCCCCAACUGCUUCAGCCCUCCAGACUGUCAUCACUACCACCACCAAAGUGUCCUACCAGACUUACCAGCCCUCUGCUUUGAAAUACAGCGAUGAUGUGCACGAGCUGAAGAGCCUUUCAAGCUGUAACUACAUCUCUGAAAACACACCCAUGUCAAUUUAUCCAGAAGCCUUGAACUUUCCCACCAAUACCUGUUGGGAAGCCUCUCCAACAGAAUCAUUUCCUGUGAGAAUUCCAGAAGAAUGCCUCCUCAUCAAACCCACACUGGAUUUUUCUCAAGAAUCCGCUCCCUCCAAGGCAGACCAGGCAGCAGUUUGGGAUGUGUAUCCAUCAGCAGUGGGUCUUGGGAUUAGUUAUUCAGAGAGAAUGGGUCAAUUCUUUAACUUUGACAAUGAGGAAUUUUGA